CAUACUCCUCCUCCCCACUCCUCACUCCCACGCCCCUUCUCCGCAACAACCGUUGCGGCUCCAGAGCCCCAGCCUGGCGGCAGCACCGGGCCGGUUGCCAGGGCCCCCGUCCUCUUGCGCUACUGGCCCCGGCGCGGUAAAGGGGGGGCCGAGGCGCAUGCGGAGACCCGCCGGGCAGGCCGCCCACGCCUGACGCCGAGAGGCCGGAGCCUUCGCACUGCCAGGAUGGUCGAGCGCUACGUCUCCUUCACCGACGAGUCCGAGGCCGGAAACGGCGCCCCCAGCGAGUUGGAGGCUGCGUCGUCGCAGGCGCAGUGCAUCAUCAAGGUGUCCUUGAUUGUCGCCUUCGGGUGGUGGGGCUUCGGCCUCUACACCGUCAUCAGCACGGGAUCCCUGGCGGUGCUGGCGUCGCUCGUGGACGCCACCAUCGACUUGGCGGCCCAGGGGGUCCUCCUGGGCGCGAACAUGUUUGCGGAGACGGAGGGCGUGGAAGGGAGUUUCCCCGUCGGGGUGUCCCGCCUGGAACCCAUCGGCGUCAUCGUCUGUGCGACGCUGAUGGUCCUCGCGUCCGGAGCUGUCAUCUACGACUCUGGGCACACGCUGUACACAGCUUAUCCCAAAGGUCCCGAGAUGGAUUUCACCAUCUCUGCGGCGGUCAUGUUGGCAGUCGUGGUUGUCGUGAAGAUCGUCGUGUGGAGAAUAGCCAAGGCCGAGUACGACAGAACGAACAAUGUGUCGUUGGAGGCACUGGCGCUUGACAAUUUCAAUGACAUCCUCUCCAACGCCUCGGCGCUGGUUUUUGCGAGCCUCACGUGCGUCAAGCAGGAGACUUGGUGGGUGGACCCGGUUGGCGGAAUCUUAAUUAGUUGCUAUAUCAUCAGAUCUUGGGUGCUCACGGCCACAGAGCAGGGAAGUCAGCUCGUCGGAGUGGCGGCCAGCGAGGAAUUCCUGUCGUCUGUGAAUGAGCUCGCUGGGAACAUUAAGAACACAGAGCUGGACCUAAUCCGGGCAUAUCACUUCGGUCCGAAGUGUGUUGUGGAGGUCAAGCUUCUCAUGGACAGUGCGACCCCACUACAGGUCAGCCGCGACGUGGAAAUAACGCUGCAGGACAAGAUCGAGCGGUUAGAGGAUUGCGAGCGCUGCUUCGUUCAAAUCGACUACGUGCAUCGCGACGAGGAUGACCACGACACCAACGUUCCCCUGCGUCACAAGACGAAGCCGACGCUCAAUGGGCUACCCACCAGCCCCGGCCUGAAGCUCCGGACGGCCCUGUCCUUCGGCGAGUCGGCCAGGAGGGGAUCUUGCCCCACGGCGGCGGGCGACCGCAGCCGUGGGUGGACCUGGUCCGGCGACAGGCGCACUUCCAGCGGGGGGGACUUGGAUGUUCCCAAAAGCUCGCGCCCAGCGUCGAGCAGCCUGCACUCUUCAAUGAAGAGUGCAGGGACCUUAUCAUCAUCCGAUUCCUCGUCCUCUUCCCGAACUCACGAACCGCUCUGA